CGACGACAUCGUAACCCAGGCCUUGACUCCCUUGUUACCGCGUUCCUCUUAACCCCCCACCUGGACCACACUUUUAUUGUCGCGAUCAUGUGAAAACAUCACAGGCACUCCAUUCAAUCCCAUCUUGGCUGCCUCAUGCCUUGUUUCGGGUUGGUCUGGACGCUGUUUCAGUUCUGUCCCAAUCCGUUAUAUCAGCAAAAUAAUCCAUGAAUUUAUGGAUAUGAACAGGUUCUUCAGUUGGGCCCCAGAAACCGUCCUUCUCGUAUUCAAAAAAAAUGCAGACGCAAAGCAGUCAAGGGACUCUUAUAUGGGUGAUGUGGACAUCGUACCACAGAGAGACAAAGGUACCGUCCAAAAACAUGCUUCAUUUUCAGUUGUGAGCCUCCUUCUCAAACCAGCCCCGCCCACACCACCUGAUACGCACACUCCCUCACACCUCCGGCACGGAACGUCUAUCCAAGGGGUUGGAGCGGGAGGAUCUCUUAGUAUCCAAACCAUGUUCUCUCCCGCUCCGGCCACUCUGAAGACCCAGCCCGCCUGGAACGUCACCCAUCCGGUUUCACAAAAUCCUCCGACGCAAGAGACAAGCCUUCUAGGUCCGAUGUGCGGGUCUCAAGUAGUUGCGGAUCACUGCGUUAGGUUUAGCAGUGUGGGACGUUCAUGCUAGGGCUGGGCGAGCUUUAAAAGAUGCGGAGGCCCUGGCAACUGAGAUUCUUCAUUCUUCCGCUGUCCAUUUUUUUUUCUUCUUUUCGAAGUCAAGUUGUCUUUUCUGCUCUUCCUUUCUUCAAGUUUGAUUCAUUCUUUUGUCGCCGGGCGACGUAUACUACAUAUCAUCACAAUCUCUCG